AGAUUUGUAGAACUGUAAUCUCUACUGUGACAAAUAACAGUCAGGAGGUGUUUCCUAAAGACUCUGGAGGCUGGCCGUUUGACACUUACAGAAGAUUUACACAUGAACUGACAAGCUGACAUCACAUUCGUCUUCAACUCUUUUGGCACCAAAAGCAAAUUUACGAACUGUCUCUGUCACAUCAAACUGUCUGCAUGCUGUUGCUGAAGGAUUAUUGACAUUCACUUUAUGAUUGAUACUACUCGUAAAUAAGGCCAAAACAUUUUACCAGGAAAGCAGUUUGGGGAAAAUUGUCAGAAACAACAUGGCAAACCCAAAUGGCCUGCCGAAGGACUUCAAAACUGCUCUUCUGGUCUUAUACAUAUUCAUCUUUAUCUUUGGGACUCUGAAUGUUGUACUAAUGUCCUGUAUGCUACAGUCUCAAAGGCAUCUCUCUUUCACCAAAGUGUCUGUGAUCAAUCUGAUAGCAGUGCACUCCUUUUUCCUUCUCACGGUGCCUUUUCGCAUUUACUAUUAUGCUUCUAACACAGGCUGGCCUCUGGGCAGUGAUUUCUGUAAAUUUGUCAGUCUAAUGAUCCAUGCCCACAUAUAUCUUGCAUUCAUCUUCUAUGUCUCCCUUCUAAUUGUGCGUUAUGUGGAGCUCUCUAAUCAGCGGCACAAGCUAGAGUUUCAUCGCACCCUUCAUGCCACGAUUGCAAGCGCAACCGUCUGGUUGAUCAUAUGUGGCUCUGUGUUCCCAACUAUUUCUAACUACGGAAAUAAUCAGAAUAACAGAGACAAACACACUGAUUCAACUCCGUGCUUUCAUUUCCGUAAGGCUCUGGACGAUCAUAGAGUGAAGACAUUAAACUAUGUUCUUUGUACACUAGUAAUACUGGUUUGGAGUGUGCUAGCAUUUUUCCAAGUUUAUUUUCUAAUCAAAGUGAUUAAGGCAUUUGGAAAGGCCACAUGUCAACGUCAAGAGUUCUGGGCACAAUUAAAAAAUUCUGUUUUCCUGUUGGUCGUGUUUUUUAGUUUUGUGCCUUAUCAAGGAUUCAGAGUAUAUUAUGUGAGUGUAUAUGACAAUACCACAGGAAUACCAAAUACCACAGAAAUACCAAAUACCAAAGAAAUACGGAGUACUGAAGAAAUUCAUCAUAUAAAUGAAGUAUUUCUUGCUGUCACUGCUUUCAGCUGCUUUGAUAUGAUUGUUUUUGCUGGUAGAGAUGUAUGCAAACUUAUAAAUUCAAGGGGAUGGUUUAACUGUUUAUAGCAUCUAUAUUGUAUAUGGUUUUUGAUAUUGUGAAUUGGUUUCCAUUUUAAAUUUUUUUAUGCUUUUGCGCCUUAUAAGCUAAUAACAAUUUUUCUGCAUGACAGAAUGUUUGGAAAUAACCUGGUGUUUUUUUGUUUACAAUGCAUUAAAUAAUUUACAGUAUUUACAUCG